GAAAGUAAUAAGAGAAAAAGCAGAGAAUAAAAAGAGACCGGAUAUUGACAAAUUUUAUGUCACUUGUUCUUCAUUAGUUUGUGUGAAGAUUUCUUAUCUGGGAUCUCUCAUUCUCUCUCUAAAAAAAAUAAAUUCUCCACUUUCAUUUUCUCUCUCUUCUUAGUUUCAGACACUGGCCCAGCAGAUCGAAAUCUUCAUCCUUUUCUUCUUAUUUGCCUGUUAAUCUAAUUAAUCCCUUUCUUAGAUAGUCAUAGGAAUUCGACCAACUUCCUUUUUUUUUUUUAAAUUUUUUUUUGUUUUUCUAUCUAAACUAAUAGAAUUACAAGGUUUUAUUUUUAUUUAAUUUUAUUUUUUAUAAUUUAUUUAUAAAGUUCAUUCCUUUUUUCUGUUAUGACUGCUAAAUUUUCAUGAUGGAAUUUGGGAAGACUUCUAUUUAUCAUCUAUCAAGAGAGAUUAUAUUUUUGUUGAAUUAUUAAAUACUUUUGCAAAAUUAUUAUGUAGAGAAAAUUAGUUUAAGAGAUUUUAGAGAGUUAAAAAGAGCUAUUGGAGGAUGUGGGUCUAAACUUAAAGGUUUGUAUUUGCUGGUGGUUGUUGAAGAUGCAUUGCUUACAAGGAUGUCGGCUUCCGACCUUCUUUUGAACUGCCAAAUCGAAAAGGAAUGGGAACAAAACUUCAGAUUGAGAAUUGCUUGCCUGCACAUUACUCAAUGAACGAUCUUAAUCGUGGCUCUAAUGGUGCUAGUUGGCCUUAUUUUGGUGAGAGCAAUUUAUCCGACGGACAAUUUUAUUUUGGUUUCCUUCCAAGGACUGUUGCCGAUUCGCAUCCAGAAUACGAACAGGAUGUUGUAAAACAGACGAUGCUUGAGCAUGAAGCCGUAUUCAAGAUUCAGGUUAAUGAAUUACAUCGACUGUAUAGCGUACAAAGAGAUUUGAUGGAUGAGGUUAUAAGGAAAGAACAAUUUAAACGGCGAAUUCCUAAUGAAACUUGUUCUUCUUCGAGUCAUGUACCAUCCCAGAUGCAACGUGAGGAUAUGCAAAGAUGGAAGUGUCCGAACCUUCCUGUUUCAAACUCAGCCUGUGGCACACCUCCCCUAUCGAUUCUCGAUACUGUUCAGUCAUCAUCAUGUUCUGCCAAAGGAAAGAGCAUACAAACGGAUCCCACUUCAUUUCCAAAUUGCUAUAGCCCGAAGAAUUUGGAGUCAGAGUGUAGACCCACAAAACAUAGAAGACGAAUGCUUGAUCUGGAUCUCCCCGCUGACGAGUAUAUUGACACCGAUGAAGUGGUACAAGUCAAUGAUGUAAAAGAUUCUGAUUACAUGAGCUUAUCAACCGAUAAAAAUGGAAAUUUUGCAUAUGGGAAUGGAAAACUAUUUAUGGGUCAGGGCGAUGCAUCGAAAUCUGAUUUGCAUGACAGCCAACCGAGGGCUUUGGCGGACUUGAAUGAUCCUGUAAAUGUGGAAGAGGAAACCUCUGUCUCAGUUGAUUUUCUACAUCGAGGUGGCUGUCACCAUGAUGCUAACUACAGGGAUAUCUCUACGAGAUUUUUAAGUCCGACUAAGGACGUUAAUCAGAACCUCAAGAAUGGCAGCACAAAUGGGGCGUUGAAUGAUGUACACUUUGAAAAUAGAGUUAUGGGCUCAGACUGGUUUAGCAAUGCAUUAAAAUCAGAAAGCAACGGCUGUAUGAGAUCCAUCAAUCAUGAUACCGGUCCAGAAAAAAUUUCUGCACUGACGCAGCCAGUACAAUUUCUGCUUGAUCAAGCCACUAAGCCUCCAGCUUUUCUGGACUGUGAUCGUAUCAACGGAGAGCCAUGGAAAGCAAAAUCUGGUAGCAUCAUAGAAAAAUCCGACAGAGGUUUAACUUUGUCAAGCUCCAAUGUUCUUGGAGCAGUUGCUUCUCAUCUUCCGAAACAAACUGAUAUUUUUAAUCCCUCUGAUUUCAGCAAGUCAUGGGAUCAAAGUGCCUCCUCUUGCGGGAAACCCGGCAGUUUUUUCGGCCAUAAACCCAUAUCUGUCCAAACAAGUCCAUAUCUAAGUUCCGCUAUCACGAGCAAGAGUCCUCAAUCUUCUUGUCAGGGCAAUGGCUUCUUCGGCAAUAAUAAGUGGAACCUAAAUAGCUCCCCUUCAGCUUUAGGGACAGAAAUGCCCGCAAGAAAAGAUAUUCAUGAAGGUUCCUCGUCUUCUUUUAUAGGUUUUGAUUAUGUAAAUAGCAAUUACAGUGAUAGAAAAGCGCUUUGUUCCGGUAUAAAUUUCUUCGAUGCUACAAGUUAUACUGAUGGCAAUCCUGUGAAAGAUAUGAACUUGAAUGUGACUCCUUCGAAUGGCUUGUCCGAUGAUCAUAUCGGCGAGCACCAUGUUAUAAUCAUUGACAAUGACAAGAAGUCGGAUCCUCUAGCCAUUUUGCCUUGGCUUCGAGGAAAGGGAUCUUGCAGUAAGGAGGCUGAGAAUUCAAGGAAAGGUUUCAACUCACUUGAAUCAGCAUGUGAGGUCGGUGUGAAAGCCGAAAUUCCUGAUUAUAGCAAAAAAAUUCUCGGUGUACCCAUUUUUGAAAACCCUCCAAAACCGAAGAAAGAGGUUUCGAACACUUUGAUUAGUCACAAUUGUUCCGGAAACAAGGAAGGUGGAAGCGUUGGGAGAAAACGUGGUUUUGAUAUUAAUUUAAAUUGUGACGUCACAGAAGAGGACAUGGUUCUAGAAGAGAAAACCCAAAUUGUAUCUGAUAAUCGGAGACAUCGUUUUGAUCUCAAUUCUUGUAUAAUUGACGAGGAAUAUUCAUGUGAAACGUGUGAUCUGUUUGCAGAAAAGGGAACCUGCAUAAGGGUUGGCACCGGUAUAGAUUUGGAAGCCCCCAUAAUAAUUGAAAACGAGGAUGUUAUUGCGAAUCCUCGGGAUGAAGAUUCUUUUAUAAAAGAUCCCGAAAAGAUGUUAGAGUUUCCCAAACAUGAUGAUGACGAAGAAACUGAACUUGCCACGUCGGUGGCAGCCGCAAUUGUUUCCCUUUCGUCGUGUGUUAAUCUAAGUCAACCCAAGGAAGCGACUUGCCUUGACGAAGAAACUGAUUUGGAUAAUCCCCUUCAUUGGUUUGUCGAUAUUGCUUGCUCUAAUAAUGGAAAUGAUGUUGAAUUUACGGAUUAUUGGUUAUCUGACGGUUUGGAUGAUUUUGAGUUGAUGAUUCUGAGACAGAAAGAGUGCAAUGAAGACGAGUACUUUCCUAAAUCGAGCUUCCCAGAAGUCCCAAAUGUUGAAGAAAAGGGUGUGUGUGCCUUAACUACGACUAGAACACGGAAAGGGCAUGGUCGUAGAGGAAGGCAAAAACGGGACUUUCAGAGAGACAUUCUCCCGGGCCUUACGUCACUUUCUAGGCACGAAGUAACCGAAGACCUUCAGGUUUUCGGAGGCCUAAUGAGAGCUACUGGUCAUACUUGGCAUUCCGCACCAAAUCGGAAGAAUGCUUCUAGAAAUGGAUGUGGUAGAGGCAGGCGAAGGUCUGUUUCAGCAGCAGCCGCAGCCGCCCCAGCACCAUUAAACACAGUAUGCGCCCUUCCAUUGACUCAGCAGCCCCAUCAGCUGCUAAGUAACAAUACUGAAGGGGUUUUGGAAGAUCAGAAUCUGACAGGAUGGGGAAAAACUAGACGUCCCCGAAGACAAAGGUACCCUACAGGUAAUCGUACGCCUCCUCCAGUACCUUUGACCUAAUCUAUUUGUGAGUGCCUCUGAUUUUAUAAAUUGUUGGAAUCUAUAGCGAGAAGACACCCGAGUAGAGUUGUUCUGUGAUGCAUUUGGAAUCAAGCUUUCCCUUUUUUCUUCUUUUUUUAGGGAAAAGGGAUCGUCUUUGUACAUGUCGGUACUCGGUACCCCAAAGUUUGGGUCCCGUCAAAUAUGGAUCUUUGCAACCCUGUAUUAUUCCAUGAAUAAUGUUGCAUGGGUUUCUUGUCCUAGAACAGAUUCUGCUCAUGUGUCAUGUGUGCUUGUCUCGGAAUGGUAAGGCAGUUUUAUGCUGUUAUAUUCCCAUCUUGGUCAGAAACAGUCGGGGCAGCUGUGUUACCGCGGCAUUUCAAGUCCCGGUCCGCAUAGGAAUAUUGUAAAACUAAAUUCGAGUAGCGAGCAUAUAGGUUAUAUAAUGCGAUCACUUCUGACUUUCUUGUCUCGUUUCCUAUAUUAUUGUAUUUGAAUGUGAGCUUACAUAGGUUAGCUUUGAUUUUUCGAUUGUUAAGAUCUCUAGCACAUCGAGUAUGAGGCGUUCAGCGCGGUGUGUACACUAAACUGAAAUUUUGGACUUUGAUUAAUAUAUUCAAUCUUGUUAGAUUUAUUUUGAUGUAA